AUGUAUACCAAAUCGGCCAUCCUCGGUCUUCUUGCCUUGACUGGCAACACCUUUGCUGCUCCAGUAGCAGACGUAACUCUUGUUCAACGUGAAACCUUCAAGGGAACUGCCUUCAAAGGUGAUGGAAGUGCCAAAGCUGGAUGGCCAACAGACAGCAAAUGGGUGACAUUCGACAAGAUGUAAGUUCCUAAUCCACAACCCCUUCUCUCCUCACCUCCAAAAACAAAAACAGAUAAUUAACAACUCCCAGGUGGAGCACCAACAAGCCCAAAAUCGGCUGCCCAGCAGGAACCACCAAGAACUCUGCCGCAGAAACCGACAACAUCAAAGCCGGCAUCCAAUCCGUCGCUAAAUCUAGCGGCGUGGACCAACGCUUCAUCCUCGCCGUCAUCAUGCAAGAAUCCCAUGGCUGUCUCCGCGUCGGCGCCACUGCCUCUCCCGGCGCCGGCGUCAACAACCCAGGGAUCAUGCAAUCGCACAACGGACAGCAUAACUGUCCUGCCAGCGGAGCGUGUGGCAAGGAUAUCAUCACGGGUAUGAUUGCUGAUGGAACGACUGGUACCAAAGAUGGGAGUGGAUUGAAGCAACUCCAGGAGAAAGCUGCUACUGUUACGGGUAGUAAGGAGAAGGCUCAACUCGCUUAUUGGGCUGCGAGGUACUAUAACAGUGGCGAGAAUAGUAUUAAGAAGGGGAGUCCAUUGGAGAUUGAUACGAAUGAUCAACCUGGGGCUACCCCUAGCUAUUCUAGCGAUAUCGCUAAUCGUCUUAUUGGAUUCUCUGAUUAG